GGCCCCUCGGCCGAAGAGCUGUCAAGGGGACUCCGUGCAGGGUAAGCAAGAUACAGUCCUAGCGAUCUGUGCCCAGAGCGCGCCUUGUCUCCCUCGACGCGUCUUGAUCUAAUUACCUGUUCCUGAACGCCAGCUUCCAAUCUAUAUAAUCAACAGCGCCGCACCAACGAUCGUCUGAAGCAGACGCCGGAGGAUUCGACCCAAGUUUUCAAUGCACUUUUCACCGAAGCCCGAUCGAUGACGAUUUCCAACAACGAAGCUGUGAACCCCAGCGGUUCGCAGCACCUCGACUCUGCUUCCAAGACCACCGCUUCAGCAAAGAAGCGGAAGCUAGAAGAGUUCAAGUCUGCGCUGAACGACUCCAAUGCGUCACAAGCAGGUUCUCCCGCUCCCAGCAAUGCCUCCGGGCCGUCCCCAGCCAAGCAACACCGGCCGCCACUGGAUUUCAUGACGGGGAAACCAGCGGGUGACAAACCUCGCCGACCACCACUCAAUUUCAGGACUGGCAAGCCCGUAACCGAAGCGAUCAAGGGACAGCCAAAAUUCUCAACAGAAAAGGGCUCCUCGCCAGUCAAAUCGCCAGCGAAACCGCCAGCCAAGUCGCCUGCGAAAGCUUUGCCUACGAAGGCAACGCCCACAAAGAGACCGGUGGGGAGGCCGAGGAAAACGCCAAUCCCGAUAAAAAGAGUGGAAGAGGGCGAUGACGACGACGAAGAUGUGCUAUCGGCGACUGAGAACUUUGGGACGCCGUCUAAGAGUACUGGGAAGCGACUCUGGGGUCCAACAGCAGCUCCCGCAACGCCUCGAGGGAUUCUGACACCUUCAAAGAACCGGGCAGCGACGCCCAAAAGCGUCAAAUUUGACAAGCAAGUUGGCACAGAGCUGUUUUUUGCGGAUCUGCCAAGCAAAGGAAUGCCGGCCUCCGCCAAAUUCCAGAAUGAACCUGAACCAGUGGCUGACAUCGUCUGCGGCGUGUGCCGCAGGCCGCACUCGAAACCACCGAACGAGAUCAUUCUGUGCGACAAUUGUGACUAUGCUGUCCACCAGCUCUGUUGCGGCGUUGAGGAGAUACCCGAGGGCGACUGGCUGUGUAGAAGUUGUUCGCAAGAAGAUGCUAUCAACGCGACACCAAAAGCAAGUGCCCCAUUGGCGUUGAAAGCCACGGCGACAACAGUGCCCACAGCUCCAGUUGAUUUGCCAGAUAUCCCGAAUCUGGACCAGCAUGUGCGGUCAUUGCAGCGCGUUCUCCUGGACCGGUGCUUGGGUCAACGGAGGAUUGAAAUGUUUGGCCUGCACGAGGUACGCGAAAAGUGCCAUCAGAUGAUCGAGCAGACUGUGGUAGCUGGGGAGGGAAACUCCAUGCUGCUCAUCGGCGCCAGAGGCAGCGGGAAGACGACCAUGUUGGAGAAUGUGAUUGACGACAUCCACGAGGAGCACAGUAACGACUUUCACGUGGUACGACUAAGCGGCUUUAUACACACCGACGACAAGCUGGCAUUGAAGGAGAUCUGGCGUCAAUUGGGGAAGGAGAUGGAUGUGGAAGAUGACCUGAUGAACAGGACAAACUACGCCGAUACCAUGGCGUCGCUUCUAGCCCUGCUUUCUCAUCCAUCAGAGAUCCUAGGCACCGACGAGGGCGUCACAUCCCAGUCCAUCAUCUUUGUCAUUGACGAGUUCGACAUGUUCGCAGCGCAUCCCCGACAGACGCUCCUAUACAAUCUCUUUGACGUGGCACAGUCUCGAAAAGCACCCAUCGCAGUGUUGGGUUGCACAACACGGCUUAGUGUGGUUGAGAUGCUCGAGAAGAGAGUCAAGAGUCGGUUCAGCCACCGCUACGUCUACCUCACCAUGGCCCGGUCAUUGCCAGCAUACUGGCAGGUGUGCAAGCAAGGGCUGCUUGUCGAGGAGAAGGAUGCGAGCAAAGAGGGCCUUGACGUGGACCUCGAUGGCUAUGCGCAAUUCCACCAGUACUGGAACGCGAAGAUCGAAGACAUGUACAAGCUCCACACCUUUCAGGAGUUGCUGCAAUAUCACUACUACACCAACAAGUCGCCGUCAGCUUUCUUUAACGAAUGGGUACUCCCUUUGGCAUCACUGUCGGCGUCAAAUCUGAACCUGGAGAUCCCGUCCAUCGCCUCGCAACUGACAUCCCUGAGCUCGGCCGAAUCGAAAAUACAUCUGCUUCCGGCUCUAUCAGACCUUGACCUGGGCUUGCUCAUCGCUGCCGCCCGUCUGGACAUUGUUGCGCAUACAGACACGGUCAACUUUGCAAUGGCCUAUGACGAAUACACCUCACUCGUGGGCCGGCAGCGCAUCCAGUCCGCCUCGUCGGGCAUGCUGGCGGUGGGAGGCGGCGUCCGCGUGUGGAGCCGUGGUGUCGCGGGCAUUGCGUGGGAGAGACUGAUUAGUCUGGGCUUGCUGGUCCCUUCUGGAAUCAACGGAGGCAAGGGCAUGGCACAUGGAAGCUUAGAGGGGCGGAUGUGGAAGGUUGAUGUAGCGUUGGAGGAGAUACCCCUUGGUGUGAAGCUGAGCAAUGUGCUGGGGAGGUGGUGCAAGGAGCUGUAGGUGCUCAGACAGGCUUGAUACCACUGUACUUCUGGAAGACAGGCACAUACACAGACAGACAGGUAUGAAUUGAUGAUCAUGCUGGAGAAGCCAUUCCGCCUUCUGGACUCAGUCUGGUCCCUGGCCGGGUCCUGGUCCUGGACCCUGAAGCUGGGGCGGGUGGGUCCCGCGUCACCGCCAGAGCUCUCCGAGUCGAGUCGUGCAUCA